GUUCAUCCGAAAAUGUGCCUACGGUAUAUUGUUGGCUUGUUAAUUUGCGUUGCUAAAUUCAACGCUCAAAAUCUUGUAGGAGAUUUAGUUGGUGUUGUAGGCGAUGUAGUGGAUGGUGUUGGUAACGUUGUAGAAGACCUUCUCCCAGUACCGACCAAAUCAUAUAUUUCACGAGGAUACGAUGCUUAUGAAGGACAAUUUCCAUAUCAAGCAAUACUUAAGACGGUUAAUGGUCAGUUUUUCUGUGGAGCAUCAGUAAUAGGACAACGCUGGGUGUUAACAGCCGGCCAUUGCUUCUACAAUAGUCCAAGAAAUAAUCCUAAUGCGGUUACAGUAGGUGUUGGAUCGAUUGACAGAAACGCCGGUGACACUUAUUAUGUCAGUUUAAUUCUAAUCCAUCCAAACUAUCGAGGUCCGCGAGUGAGUUUCUACCAGUAUGAUGCGGCUGUGGUGCAGACCUCUAUUUAUAUGCAACUCAGUAAUCUUGUUCGACCUAUCGUUUUGGGUGUUGCAGGAGUAAGCACAGGUCGUGAAUGCUUUGUCAGUGGCUGGGGACGUACGGGUGCCGGAAAUGCUCCCGGAUCACAAUUUCUGCAAUAUGCACCGCAACGUACUAUUUCUUUUAACCAAUGUCAACGAGCAUGGCCAAUGGCUACAAGUGCCUCAGAUAUAUGUACGGAAAGAGUUGGUGACUCAGGACCUAGAUCCGGCGAUUCAGGUGGACCAUUAGCGCUAACGAUUGCUGCAGGUUAUAGGCAAAUCGGCAUUGUAUCGGGAUCUGCACCGGGAAAACCAUAUGUGUACACACGCGUAUCAUAUAUAUACAAUUGGGUUAGACAAGCAUGUAAUUUUGAAAUUGCAUAGGUGCCGUCAAGUUUGUUGCGAAAUACAUUCGUCUGUGUUGAUCGAAAA